AUGAAAGCUCGGCGCAGUGAGACGUCAUUGCUGUGCGCCAGGCGGCAUACCCACGUGUGGUGUGUACCGGUGGAGCGUUCUGUGACAGGGCUGUUUCAGCAUCGGUUCGGAAGGGCAGCCGGGCACAUUACUGGCUUCCUGCGACUAGCAGCGGUGUUGCAUCUUGGGAACUGGUCACAACUGAAAACUGUUCAAAAGAAACUUUGUCUGGCAUCUUUUACAAACCUCUACACGCAAUACUUAGGGAUUCGACCCUACAGGAGUCAGCUCCCCUAUCAAGCUCUUUUAGAUUCAGAGAGAAAACAAUGGCAGAUGUCAUCUAUGAAAUACAAAGAUUUAGCUGCGAUUUUCAAGAAGCGACUCGACAAUAUUCACCUCACUAGUCUCGUGAGAGCAGAGCAGGAGAUGAUUACUCGCGGGGAUUAUGGGUAUUUUGAAGAGGACAACUGUGUAUAUCGCUUUCUUAAAACUGCAGGUGAAGGGAGCCUAGAGCUAUUGUUUUCUCCUGAAGAUGUAGGGCUGCAUAGAAGCUUGGUUCAACGCAUUCGGGUUUCAUCCCAGCAAACCUUUUUGGCAGUUGCCUUGAAAGACUUUGACCACGAAGACUCAAAAUGCUAUGUUGUAAAUCUGGAAAGCACUCCAGAAUUGGUACACAUUAUUUCCAAUAUUUUCAGUUUUGAGUGGGUUAAUGACCAUGUUCUGUUUCACUCGAGACUGGAGAACCUUCAGUGCCGUUCUGUGUAUAUGACAGAUAUACGCAAUAGAAGAACUACUAAGCUUGUUUACAUGGAACAGGAUCCCAGGUUUUUUGUCGAUCUCUACCUGACCAGAGACCGCCACUUCCUCACCAUCAACAGUAACAGUAAAACCACCUCUGAGGUCUGGCUAGUAGACUGUAAUUGUCCUUUUCAAUCCCCUGUGCUGGUACAGCAAAGAGUGCCAGGUGCAAUUUACCAUGUUGAACACAGCAAUGGGCAUCUCUAUAUUCUGACAACUCAUGGAGAGCCUGCCGAGUACAAGUUAAUGAAGGCUUCUGUCAAUAGCUCUAUAAAACAAUGGAAGCCAAUUUAUCAAGUAAAGCCACAUUCCCGAUUGGUGGACAUGGAGAUCAUUAAAGAUCACUGCGUCAUGUUCGUGAAACGACACAAUGAGCUUCAUAUGGACGUGACUUCCUUAUCCAGCGAGAUGCUGUGCCACUCAAUGAAGCUUCCAGCAUGGGCCUGUGCAGUUCAAUUGGCAGUACACCCAGAACAAAGCACCGAUCUCCUCCAGUUUGACCUAGAGUCUCCAGUGUGUCGUCCUGUCACCUUUGCUUAUUCAGUACUAGAAAACACUUUGGCGAUAGAAGCUGAUCAUGCUAUUGGAAACAACGGGACUUGUCAAGUUAUCCAUCUGAAAGCGAAAAGCAAGGAUGGCACUUUGGUGCCAAUUACUCUUUUCUGUGAAGCGGAUGAUGGACUCACACAGAGGCCGCUUCUGGUCCAUGUGUAUGGAGCCUAUGGGAUGGAUUUGAACAUGAAUUUCAAAGCUGAGAACAAAUUGCUGGUUGAAGAUGGCUGGAUAUUGGCUUAUUGCCAUGUCAGAGGUGGCGGAGAGCUUGGCUGUAGCUGGCAUAAACAGGGGAUAUUGGAUAGAAAGUCGAAUGGCGUGCAUGAUCUACAGGCCUGUAUAAAGCACAUUCACCAACUGGGAUAUUCGCAGCCCUGUUACACAGCAAUUAUGGCUGCCAGCGCUGGAGGAGUUGUGGUUGGAGCCCUUGCCAAUUCUGAUCCUGGGCUUUUUCAAGCGAUGAUUCUGGAGGCCCCUUUUUUGGACGUUCUGAACACAAUGGUGGACACAUCGUUACCACUCACUACAGAAGAGGAGGAGGAGUGGGGCAGUCCAGCAUGUAACAUGGAAGACUACAGAUCUAUAGAAUCCUAUUGUCCUUACCAGAAUAUCAGACCACAGAGUUAUCCUUCAGUUCUGAUCACAGCUUAUGAAAAUGACCAGCGUGUUCUCCUAAGUGGAUUACUGAGCUAUGUAAAGAAACUUAGAAUGGCUGCAGAGCAUAACCUCCAAAGUUCUGAUUUGACAGAUUCUAGAACACCUAAAAUAUUACUAGACGUUCAUCCUGGUGGAAGCCAUUGUGACUCCUUGCCCUGGGAGGAAUCCUUGCAGAAGGUGGCAAUGCAUCUGUCCUUUCUACACGAGGAGCUGAACCUGAAUGAAAGUAAUCUUUCUUUCCAGAGAUAA